UUUCAGAAAAAAAAUGACGUGUAGCGAUUUAUUCGAUCAAAUACCAAAUAAAUGUGUGUGUGUGUAAUACAAAUACAGUGCUGGUGAUUUUUUUAACAGCAGUAGAUUAAAAGAACAAAAAUUAAAACCUAUUUAUUUUUAUUUAACAAGAUGAAACAGUUAGUCUAUGACAGUUCUCUAUGGCAGAGCUUUUUGUCAAGGCCUACAAAUUAUUAUUAUUACUUCCCACAAUAGCACCUUGUCUAGCAUUGACAAAACGCAAGUGAAACAGCAAGAUAGAAAUACGACUUCUGUUAAAAAGAGACAACAUAUGACUACCAGGAACGCGUUUCUAGUAUGGUAACAUUCUUGCAAAAAUGCCGUCGUCUUGUAAAUUUUGAUUUGCUUCCCGCCGGCUCUUGACGGUUUGCUUUUGGCACGUGCAAUUUUCGUUAGAUUUUCGUAAAAUACAACUUUGCAAAUAUAAUACAGUUAAACACUGAUGCUGACAGUUGGGAUAUAUUAUUUCGAUUGCUAGCAGUGUACAAUGUCGCCUUCUCCGAUCCGCUGUCGCGGGCCUUGGAAAAUACACAAGCGUUCCUCGGAGCCCGACAGAUGGUUGGAUGAGAUGGGAUUUUUCCGUAAACAUACAGCUAGAGACUCUAGCUGUCUUUUUCGCGCUGUCUCUGAAAACAUGUUUAACACCCAGCGAUACUUUCAUAAAGUCCGACUGGACUGCGUUCAGUUCAUGGCUACUAAGAGGCACCUCUUCGAAGGGUCAUUGACUUGUCCAUUUGAAAAUUAUCUCAAAGAGAUGUCAAACCCAUCCGAGUGGGGUGGGUUAAUUGAAAUAUCGGCCAUGAGCCACCUCUAUAGACGUGACUUUGUUAUAUUUGAAGCUAACAAGGGUCCACAAACAAAAAUAUGCAAUGGUUAUGGAAACCCAAUAUACCUGUUUUACUCCCCUGACACUAAGCACUUUGAUGUGGUGUACACUAAAGAUUUCAUAAAUACAUCAUCAUACUGCCAGUCAUUGGUAUAUGAAAUUCUUUACGAUGGAGUAUAUCAACUAAAAGAUUUAUCUUACGCCGUUGAUAAAAUGCUUCACGACAAAGUUCCCACCAACCAUAUCGAGUACUUUAUGUCGGAGAAUGUCGAGCGUCGUAAAAAGCAAAAGGAAAGAGCUAAGAUUUUCAUCGAAGCCGCCGACGAUGACAAAGACAGAAACAACAAUGCUUUAGCGCUUAAAUGCAAGCAUCACACGGAAGACCUAGAAAGAGCCAGCCUCUUAAAAGAAUCCCUAAGUAUCUUCGUAUUUAAUCGUAGUCUGAUUCAGCUCGAAAACGUGUGCAUGAAUUGUCUGAACGUAAACAGCGCUAAAGAUUUACUCGAUAAUGGAAUCACACCAUUUCCAUACAAGGUUGCUAAAGCACUAGACCCCGAUAUCUAUAGGAACAUUGAAUUUGAUGUCUGGAGUGAGUUGAGACGAGAAAUGCGUUAUGGCGCAAGAUAUUCGGAUGGGACGACUCUCCAAGUGGGUGUAAAAUGUUUGUGUAAGCUGCAGCCCGAUCAGACGGUCCCGUACCACUGCCAUAUUCAGGAGAUGAGGCCCGACGGCGGACCGUGCCUCGUGUUUAUUGAGGAGUUGGGGGAGAAGCGAGUCGUGAACUUUGAGCAGUUGGAACCGCUGCCUAUUGACGAGAUAAGGCCCUGGGCUCCCCCGUACAGAUACUCACGAGCCCACUCUCAGUUCCUGACUCUAAGCCAAAUGUUGCAGCAAAUAGGCAACAUCACUCGAAAGCAAGGUCUGAGCAAGGCCCGGAACAAGUCUAAAGUGGCAACAGACGACAAGAGCACGGAAAAAGCGAUCAAACCGAACAAAGUUUCGUGGAACGAAGAGACUGAGCUAUCCUUCCAAAACAACGUCGAUUUCACAUACCAACACCUGGACUUUCUAAACUUUGAACCGAUGCCUGUUGAAGUUGAAGCACUGCCCCUGAUGGUGGACUGUCGGCCGGGCGCGGGUGCUCCGCCCCACGAGCUUGCGCACACCCAGCCGAAUGGCGGUGCGCCCUCUGAGAACCACCAUAAUCAGGCGGGCGGUAGCGGCGACAUGGGCGCCCACGGCAUCGCGUCCCCCGCGUCCGUGCGCGCCUCCACGCCGGCCAACACCAACACGCUCACCACCUAUACCAACAUGAACCCGGGCGGUGGGGGCGCGGGAGUGGGCGCGGGGGUGGGCGCGGGCGUGGGCGGCGGGUACGCGGUGGGGCCGGGCGGGGCGUGCGCGCCCUACGUGUGCGGCCUGCCGCCCGCGCCGCUGGCGCCGCCACCGCCGCCGCCGCCGCACGGCGUCAACCCGCACGUCUACAAGAGCGUGCAGGCCAACGGCGCCGACCUGCCCAUGAACGAUAUCCCGACGCUUCGCUACUACUUCAAUCUGGGGGUAGACUGCAUGUGGGCGGCAUAUGGACCUCCACCACCGCACCCGCCCCCUCGACACUACUCGCCUCGGGAUCUUGCACAAGACAUGCAGCAAAUUUCGCUUCACGACCGUCCUUUGAUGAACCACACCGGUGGCGAGCAAAACCAUAAGCACAAGACCGGCCAGGCUUCCGACAAGCCACCGCUCACCGCACAAGGCAAGGGCAACGGACAGCGCCCACUCUUAGGACCCAGAUUCAAACGGGGUGGCAACCAGGACGGUAACCAGAAUUCAAACCACAACCCGAACAAACACAACAACAAUAUGGGCAACAAAGGUCCUAAUAACCGCCGCAACUCCCACACGGACGGCCGCAACAGCGUCCACAUGGGCUACAACAGCGGCGGCGGCGAGGGCGAGUGCGUCAUGGAGCAGCCUCUGCUCACUCUGCCGUACAUCCCGUACCCGCCGCCCAUGUACCCCAUACAGUACUACCCCGUCGAGACCGACCCAGCCAUGAUGGGCAUAAUGGGCGGCAUGGGCUAUGUGGGCUACGAGGAGGGCGUGUACGAGGGCGGCAUGCAGCCGUACUACGCGCCGCACGCGCCGCACGCGCCGCACGGCCCGCACGCGCCGCACGCGCCGCACUACCCGCCGCCGCACGCGCACCACCCGCACCACGCCGACCACAAGUAACCAGCGGGACUCAGCCCACGCCAGUACGUCGGUGGCCAGACGAUGGACAAUGUUAUCAAGUCAUAACCUAGUGAACGCUUGCUCUCACGGCGGUUUACAUUAUCGCUGCAACCAUUUAAGCGCGGUCAUUUUUUCGUACUAAAAUAUUAAUCCAUGGUCUGCUCAACGAUCAAACAACAUUUUCCAUCGUAGUAAUCUACAGUUUGAUGUCGCGCCGUAACUUCAUUAUUUAUUUGCGACGAGUCUGAGGCUAAGGUCAGUUCAACCAUUCGACGGCCUAUCAGUACUUUUCAAUUUAUAUUUUGGUUUCGUAUUAUAACUUCGCUGAUUCAUAUAACCUCAAAAACAUUAUAUCUGGUCUAAAUGCUUUAACCGGCCCGAUAUUAUCAGGAAUAUUCAGGUAAUCGACUAAAUUUACCUAUACUAAUAUAACAGGCCGAACCAGAAACCUCUUCAUUGCAGAGAAAUUUAAAUAAGUCGAUUAUUUGAAUGGUCACAAAUUAUACCUGGUAAUUGCCGUUACUGGAACAUUGCAAGAUUCUAAAGUUAAACAGUAUUUGUAAAAGCUAAUACUACUAGCACUUUUCUAUUUAGCUGCUGCUUCGCCACCACCUUCAAGCGACGCAACAGUACAAAGCUAUAUUUACAAUAGAGUUCACGAAGUAACAGAGUCCAAUAAUUGAUCUAUUUCAAAUUAUUCAGCGUAAAUUUUAGAAACAUUUACCUAAAACUUUCUGAUUUAAGUUAUCAUGCAGGCUUUUCUUGUCGCUUGAAGGUGGUCUAUUGGUCUAUUGGAUAUUUUUAAGUACCUACUAACAACUUGAACAAGUACAAAGUUGGUAAAAAUUCCAAUGAUUUUUAAGUUCAAAUAUCGGGUAUUUAAUAUAUAUCCCCAGUUCUCACAGUUACUGCACGUUUUUAUGCAUAAUAUUAUGUCCCAUUUGCUGAGCAAAUUGGGUAUGUAUAUAAAUAUUCAGUUGUGAGAACUCAUUAAACUUUAUAUACAACGAAACUAUGGACAAAUGCAGUUCUGGAAUAGCUUUUUCCCAAAGUUUUCAGAAUACUUCGGAUUAACGUGCCAAUAAUGUAAAUAUAGAAACAAAUAGUUCAUUGUAUAUUAAGUUGCAACAAGAGUCGGCCGAGAUUCAUAAGAUUUUUACGUAUUUAAACUUUUUAAGUGUCUUAAAGUAGCAAUAAAAAUCCAUUUGUCUCGGCUGACUUAAACAGUCCUACGAGUCCGAUGAGACUUGCUUGUAACACAGGGGACUUAUCGUUACCACACAACGACAAACUUCAUCGAAAUAAAUAUAUACGAUUUUCGAUGAACAAUAACUUAUAAUAUAACGAAACAUUCGAAAGACUUGUCAGUGUUGUUCAGUGAUGCUGUGCUGUGUGGUACAUAAAUACAAAGUUUGGCACAGUCGCUGGCGUCAAUUACAUAAACAAUAAUUCCAAAAACUGUCAAUUGAAAGAUUUCAUUUAGUUGUAAAUGCUUUAGAUACAUCCUGUAAGGAUGAACAAAUUAAACAUUUUGGGGACCAUAGUGUAGCAUUUGAUGCGGCUAGACCCCACGCACAGCACAGCAUUAUUAGUUUGUUAUUUAUUACGAUACGGAAGUAAAUGUAUGUGACAUGUAACUGUCUUAAAAUUUUGUAAAUUUGUUUUGUAACUGUACUUAAGCGAGGAGAUUAAUAAUGGAAGGUUUUGUAAAGAUACGUGAGAUUCGGAACCUGCUAGAAUUUGAAUCGCGUUAGACUGAAUUGUGAACAACCCUUUUUGAAACUCUUUAACAAUCCCGAUUAUUGUCGUGCACCUUUUGUGAUCAUUGUCGACUGAUACCUUGGCCCGUUUUUGUAUUCGAUAUUUUUAAUUGAUAAAAUCCAUUUCGAAAUUGAAAUUUUGAUCCCUAAGUGUUCAUUGGUGCUGCAAAAUUACCUGGUACAGGGUUUACGAAGUAUUUUUGUAUGGUACGGCAUUAUACAUACAUACAAUUUUGCGUAGUAGUUAGGCGCUGUAUAUCAUUCCUUAUAAUGUAAGGUGAAACUGUAAAUUUUAAGCCAAUGUAAUGUAGUUUUACGUCGCAAAUUUAAGUUUCUGUCUCUAUGGUUUUCAAUUAAUCACUAUCACGAAUACUUCGCAUUGACCCGUUGACAAAACUUAUUACAAGAGUCACGCAUCUAGGACAUAUUAUAUAAACAUGUUAGUCUCAUGUAUAGUGAUUAGUCGAUUACUUUGGCUUGCUCUUAGUUUAGUUAGAAAUAAGUCAACAUGGUUUCACUUGCCGAAAUUUAAGGCUCACACUACGAGUAGGUUUACUUUAAAUAUAUUACCCAGAUCUCAGGCUCACGAUUUGAUCGCAUACCUUUUGAAUCUCUCAUUUUUAACAAAUUUCAGCACUUAGUAUUAAAAGUUAAUUAAACAACGUGAACAGAAAGUAUCCUACUUUGAUCUCAUAAAUGUCAUUUGUAAGAAAACCUUGGUGCUUGGGUAGUUGUUUAUAUUUUUUUUCCUUUUAAGUGUUCUAAAUUCCUCUUACAAUAUUAUAUUAUAACAUGCAUUGAUGCAGUUUACAUUGUUAUUAGUAAACGAUUUUAUGUAGCUCCACUUUCACCUGACAAUUAUGUAUUUUUCGAAACACCUAAACCAGUACGUAAUUUGUUUAUUUUUUUCUCUACGUGGCACCUAGUCUCUGCAUUUACUAUCCUAAGUUAGGUUUGCAUUUAUCGCGUCUUAGAGGCUGGAGAAAUAUCAAUGGAGCUGAAGAAAAACUUGGAAUCUCCUUGGGAGGUAGAGUUGCUGGUGGUAUGUAUGUAAUACGCCUUAUUCAAUGUAUGUAUUUAAUUGUCCCCUUCAUAGUAGACACCCCUAGUUAGACACUCUCAAGAAGAGGGCGUUCCAUUCGGAACUGUCGGCAUAACACCGUCCGGCUGAAAAAAAAGGCUCGACACGUAUUUUUGGAAAGUUUAUAUAAAUAAUGGCUGUGAUUCGGGUGUAAUCUCAGCAAAGCCUAGAAGGAAGUAUGGUUGUAAAACUAAACAUAGCUAUGUCAUAGUUUAUUAUGUCUCUCUCGCGGUAACCAUAUGGUAUGUAUUAUCUAAAUGUCUGUAAAUUAUAAUAUAUGGUUUCGGAAUUGAUAAGGUUGGUGUUAAAUUCCGCCCAAGAUUCCUGGCUCUUACUUCCUAUUCUAGCAAACGUAUAUUACUUAUGUACGUGUACCACGUAAAGUUAUAUAUUUAUCAUAAAGUACUACAUAACAAAAUUUUGAUUGUUUGUACAGAGCGUUGUUAAAAUUAUAGAAAAAUACAAAAAAAAAGAAAUAAGUGUACCGUAUAUAAGUAUGUGUGAUGUUUAAUGUAAAGUCAUUUUUGGUGUUUCAGUAUUAGUUUUAAAUCACUAGGAGUUAGAACUUUAUGUUAGUCGUUAAUUAAUGUUUACGUAACUAUAGUUUAGCGUUACUUUAUUUAAGUAUAUACCGUCAGUUACUUUGUAAUCUCGUGCACGCUGGGGCGUGAUUUAUAUAUUUUUUGUUCUCACUGUAGUUAGUAAUGUUUGUUUGUGCCAACUUUGAUGUAUUUUAUGUAAAUUGGCAGUGACUUCCGUGAACAACAACUUAACGAUCAACGUGACUGCCAAAGAACAAAUUUCUUGUUAUCAUAUCAACAUAAACAUGCAGAAAUACAAUAAUUGUGUUGUGAAUAUACUAUAUGGAUAGAUGUACGUCUUAAAUAUGGUUGUACAGUGCUCAAAGUUAGCGUUAUGUCCGCCUUUGAGAUGUUAUUUGUAAUUUUUUUCCAAAUUCCAUCAAAUAAAAGUCAACUGAUUUUUUA